AUGUCUCUUCUGAAGAUCUCUGGAACUAAAAUCGUCAAUGAGCAGGGGGAAGAGGUCAUCCUGCGGGGUGCAGGUUUGGGCGGAUGGAUGAAUGUCACUCAAGGCUAUCCUGGCUGUGAAUUCCACAUUCGCGAGGCCCUCGCUGAGACUAUUGGCAAGGAGAAAUCCGAGUUCUUCUUCGACAGGUUCCUGGAAUACUUUUUCACCGAUGCCGAUGCGCAAUUCUUCAAGAGCCUGGGACUCAACUGCAUUAGGAUUGCUUUCAACUAUCGUCACUUCGAGGACGACGACAACCCCCGGGUUCUGAAGACCUCUGGAUUCAAGCACCUCGACCGAGUGAUUGAUAUCUGUGCGAAGCAUGGCAUCUACACCAUCCUUGACAUGCACACUGCACCGGGAGGUCAAAACACCGACUGGCAUUCAGACCACGGGACACACAUGGCCAACUUCUGGAACCAUAAGGACUUCCAGGAUCGCAGUCUCUGGUUGUGGUCUGAACUCUCAAAACACUACAAGGGCAAUAAAUGGAUUGCCGGCUACAACCCCCUAAACGAACCGACCGAUCCCAAGCACACUCGUGUUGUUCAGUUCUACAACAACGUGUACAAGGUCAUCCGAGCUGAGGACCCGGACCAUAUCAUCUUCUUCGACGGAAACACCUUUGCUUCCGACUUCUCUCACUUUGGUGACGCUCAUAAGAACUGGGAGAAUACCGCGUAUUCCAUCCACGACUACUCCAACUUUGGAUUCCCUAACUCGCCAGUGCGGUAUGUCGGAGACGAUGAGCAAUUCCGUCGCCUCCGCCGCAGCUAUGAGAAGAAGCGACAGUGGAUGGAUGAGCGGGGACUGUGCGUUUGGAAUGGAGAAUGGGGUCCAGUUUACGCUCGCCGUCAGUUUGAUGGCGACCGCAUCGACGAGAUUAAUGAAUCUCGCUACAAGGUCCUUGAAGACCAACUCAAGAUCUACAACCAGGACCGAUUGAGCUGGUCGAUCUGGCUCUACAAGGACAUCGGCUUCCAGGGUAUGAUCUACACCUCACCGGAAACCAAGUACAUGACUCUCUUCAACGACUUCCUCGCUAAGAAGCACCGUCUGGCAGUCGACGCCUGGGGAUCAAACGACGCGCUCGUUCAAGACGCCUACCAGCCCCUCAUCGACCACAUCCUCAAGGAGAUCCCAGAGAAGUAUCAGAAUCUCUACCCAUACCCGAUCUGGAAGGUCCCUCAGCGCGUUGGUCGUCUCGCUCGCAGCAUCCUCGUCGCCGAAUACCUGGUCAAGGAGUGGGCAGAGCACUUUGUCGGCUUGAGCGAGAAGGAACUCGAUGAAGUCGCGCAAAGCUUCAAGUUUGAGAAUUGCCUCAAGCGCGACGGGCUGAACAAGGUCUUGCAAGCCAGUGCUCCUGGGGUACUUGGCGCUGCUGGAUCUGUCUGA